AUGAUAAAUUCAGCCAGACCUAGUGCAAACGCUAAGCUUGCUUUUCAUUUCGGGCAAGGACCUUAUGGAGAAUCAUGUGUUCCUAAGAUUAUUUGGGUCGAAUUGGAAGGUGAAGAUGGAAAAAAGUGCGUCAAGCAAGUUGAGAGAGAUGGGAAUGGUGUCAAGAUCCAUAAAAAUCUACUUGUACAAGCGAUGGAUAAGGUAUCACAUCCAAAUCCCGAGCCUCGUAACUUACCAUUGAACCAUUACCAAUGCACCAGAAAGUUCAAACUUAACCAUGAUAUUGUGCUACAUCAUCGAGCUGCACAUAUGUUCGAUAACUCAGUACCCAAUAUGAGCGUCUUCAAAUUCACUGAUGGAGUUCAAGGUCUCCUUUGGAGAGGACCUGUGACCUUCUACAGCUGCAAAGGGGUGAAAUUGGAUAGACUUGCAAACAGAGUCCCUGACUUGGAUGUCACUAUGUCUGACCUACAUGUCGCAUUGAGUUUCUUGCAGAACAAGACUGGAUCAAAUGCUGGGCCCGAAGCACUCUCGGCGGGCGGCUUGUUCCUGUAUGAAGUCUAUGAGCCUUUGCUGUUUCAACAGCUGAUAGUUAGGUACUCAAAGAACGCAAAGCCAAUCAAGGGUAUUCGAAUAUCUUGUCUCGGAGACAUUCAACAUCUACGCAAGGAAGAAUAUCAAGUCGUCGAUAUUUUACCUAAUCAUCCUAUAUUCCACGCCGAUCAGCCAGAUCCUCAUGCUGCCGUCCUCAAACAACUUGGAAUUCCACUCAUCGCUCGCAAGCUCAUAUCCGAUGAGGAUUUGCAGCCAAGAAAGGGUCUGCGGAGUAGGGUGGGCUACGAAGUUCUGGAGAACGAGGUGGCAAUUGCUUUGAACCUCAUCACUGAUGUCAAUAGCCACCGGUUCAAUUUUCCCGACCUUGGUGCACAUUGGAAGAAGGUCGUAGGACCGGUUGUGCUUGUGAGAGAAGAUGGGAAAAGACUCACAAUCCACCAAGUGCAAGCAUUGGUGGCUUUUUGCAAGCACAAGGUCGACUGGAAUGACGCUUUGUGGAUGGCUAUGUUGACUUUGGGGAUGGAAAGGCUUGAUCACUUCGUCUCAAUCGAGAUCAGACAGAACGAAGUACGCGAAAUAAUGAAAAAUGACGAAACGCUCAAGGCGCAAUUCCAAGAGUUUUUUGAAGAAUUCAAGCGGGAGAAGAUCAGUGGUGACGAUGAGGGCGAAGUUGAUGGGGACCCAUCUUGGGCUGAUGAAGCAUCACCAUAUGAUGUGUGA